AUGGCUUCAGUACCCAGACAGCUCCGCGCCUGCUUGGUCUGCUCGUUCACGCAACAGGCCUCCAAAUUCCAAAAGAGCGGCUGUCCCAACUGCGAAGGAUUCCUCGAAAUGCGCAAUAACACCGACGCAGUAGCUGACUGUACGAGUGAGGUAUUUGAAGGCCUGGUCACAGUUAACGACACCAACACCAGCUGGGUCGCGAAGUGGCUACGGAUUCAAGGCUACGUCGCUGGCAUCUACGCAGUGAAAGUGAACGGCUUGCUGGCGGAGGAGUACACCGCUGCAGCAGAGAAUGCUGGGAUCAGAUACAUUCCGCGAGAUGGAAGCGCUAGUCACGACGAGUAA